CUCGCGUCCAGCGCACGCACCAUUUGCUUUGCUGCACGGAACUUGAACUACAGAGCCCAAAACCAGACCCCUCGCCGUCGCAACCAAAACCCCCACCCCACCCGCCGACCAGAGCCAGGGCCCGCCAUGGAGCUCGCGGAGGCCGCCUUCGCCAUGCGCGUGCUCCGCCACCUCGCCUGCGCUGGUGGCACGGCGGCCGCAUCGGGCGCCAACCUCGCAGUCUCCCCUCUCUCCAUCCACGCCGCGCUGGCGCUGCUCGGCGCGGGCGCCCGGGGCGCCACGCUCGACCAGGUCGUCGCCUUCCUCGGCCCCGCGCACGCCGCGCUCGCGUCCCACGUCGCGCUGCGCCUCCUCUCCGACAGCCCCGGCGACGACGGCGGGCCCAGCGUGCGCUUCGCCAACGGCGUGUGGGUCGACGCCGCCAUGCGCCUCAAGGUCGCCUACGCCGCCCUCGUCUCCCAGCACUACCGCGCCCAGGCACUCCCGGCGUCCUUCAAGGACAUGCCAGAGGAGGCGAGAACCCAGAUCAACCGGUGGUUCGAGAGCGCGACGGCGGGCCGGAUCAAGGGCCUCCUGCCCCAGGGCUCCAUCAACGGCGCGACGCUGGCCGUGCUCGGGAACGCGCUCUACUUCAAGGGCGCCUGGUGCCGCAAGUUCGACCCCCGGCUCACCCUCGACGACACCUUCCACCUCCCCGCCGGCGGCAGCGUCCGCGCGCCCUUCAUGUCGAGCAGCGACCGCCAGCAGCACGUCGCCUGCCGCUCCGGCUACAAGGUGCUGAGGCUGCCGUACGCGCGCGGCCGCGAGCGGCGGUACUUCUCCAUGUACAUCUACCUCCCCGACGAGCGGGACGGACUGCAGAGCCUGCUGCACAGGCUGGGGUCCGACCCGGCGCUGCUGGAGAGCUCCACGACGCUGACGGCCCAGGUCCCGGUCGGCGCCUUCAAGGUGCCCAGGUUCACCAUCUCGUGCAAGACGGACGCGACCGAGCUGCUGCAGGACCUCGGCCUGCGCCUGCCGUUCGCGCCCCUCGCCGCCGACUUCUCCGAGAUGCUGGAUUCGGCGGCGCCGCUCGUCGUGUCGGCUGUCUUCCACCAGUCCUUCGUCGAGGUGAACGAGGAAGGGACGGAGGCGGCCGCGGCGAGUGCCGUUGUUGCGUCCUUUGGCGCCGCGGCGGUGAGGACGCCGGUUCAGGUUGUGGACUUCGUGGCCGACCACCCGUUCGUGUUCUUGAUCAAGGAGGAGCUCAGCGGCGUCGUGGUUUUCGCCGGGCAAGUGAUCAAUCCGUUGGUUCCAUGAAUCUGGCUGUGCAGACACAAAACAAAGUAUCUUUUAACUUUUGGGGCUUUCAGGAUGUUAUUUUGUGUAAUGUGUAGUGUCCUUUUUCUUCUUUUAGUGAACUUUUCUGCCUGUUGAUACAUUACUUGCCUUUUCAAAGAUGUGUCCAGUACUCCAAUAUGAUUGGAGGGAAUACCAUCUUUGCUAUGUGGAUCCAAGA